AACCUCAAAAGAAUUAAUGGAUACUCAUCAUGAUGUUUGUGAAAGCUCUUUGCUUCUUCUAAUGGAAUUUUGCAUCGAUCAAAUGUCUUUUGAUGUCCAAAGUAGAGGUCAUAGUGUCGCAGAGCUACAAGUGACUGGUGUAAGAACAACAGUUUCCAAACAUCCACAUCAUAUUUCUCUUAGUUUAUGUGUUCAUAGUUUACUCCUUGUUGAUGCCUUGCAGACAUAUGGUCCUGAUUUUGAGCUGUUGUUAGCAUCUCAUAAGCAUUUGAGCAUGGACAGCACUAGUGGUAGUUUAAGAGAUAGUGAACCUAAUUCUCCAGCCUCCCCUGGCAGUCCGGAUGCUAUAAAUUCACCUAGUUUCUCUACUUCUGAUCAAACAUCCCCAGCUGUAUUAUCUGCUGCUUUAAGUAGUCUGAAAUCAUCCAGAACAGGUUUGUAA